AUGUCAGAUACCCAAGACUCCCAAAAUUCCCAUGAGACCUCCUCAUCAGGCACACAAGAACCGACUGAACUCUACAUCUUCACCUUCGUCCCACCCACCGAGCUAAUUCCGGGCGUCAAAUGCAUCAAGACUAUCCGCCAGUUCGCAAUCGACGUCACGGCACCCACAGCCCAGGCGCUGGCGACCGAAUGGAUGCGACUUCUCAAAGAGAAACAUGGUUGGGAAAUGGAGACGGAGACGGAGACGCCAGUUACAGGAGCUUUGGGAUAUAAGAGGAUACAGUUGACUCGUAGGUUUCAUGGUUUUCGGAGACAAGUGGGGUCCUUGAGGUUACAGAUUGCGGCGUUGGUGGAUCCGGAGAAGGGAAAGGAGUUGGUUGAGGAGAUUGAAGUUAGUGGUACGGGGGAGUAG